AUGGGCAUGGCAAUCAAAGAAUCCGGUGUUCUGCGGGAGAAAUUCUUCAUCACUACGAAAAUCACUGGUACCCAAGUAGUCGACACUCAAGCUGCCUUUGAAGAAUCUCUGAAGAAGCUCCAGCUUGAAUAUGUCGAUCUGUACUUGAUUCACGCUCCAUUUUUCGCCAAUACUCCUCAAGAACUACAGAGUAAAUGGGCGGAUAUGGAAGCUAUUCAUGCAUCUGGAAAAGCCAAGUCUAUUGGCGUGUCUAACUUUCUACAAAGGGAUCUGGAAGUGAUUUUGGAAACAGCUAAGAUUGUUCCUUCCAUCAACCAGAUUGAAUAUCAUCCUUACCUUCAACACGUAUCCCUGAUUCCUUAUCACCGCGAAAAGAAUAUAGCAAUAGCCGCCUACUCUCCUUUGACGGCGGCCGUCAAAGCUUCUCCAGGACCGUUAGAUAGUACUUACGCCGACCUAGCUAGAAAAUAUGGUGUAACUCCUGGAGAGAUAGCUCUGAGAUGGAUUAUUGAUCAAGGAAUGGUAGCAUUGACUACGAGUGGAAAUGAGCAGAGAUUGAGAGCCUAUCAGAAGAUUAGUCAGUUUAAGCUAACACCAAAGGAGGUGGAGGAGAUUGCUAGAAUUGGUAACGAGAAGCAUUAUAGGGGUUUUUGGAAGAAUAAGUUCGCGCCGGAUGAUAGGUCAUAG